UUUGCGCCAGAAUGACUCAACAACCAACAGCUACAUAGGCAACUCAACGUUGUGUUAUUUUUCGUUUUGUCCUGUUCGUUCCUCGUAGUUUAAAAAGGAAGUGGUACUAAUUGCGUGCUAUCGUUUCACUUCCGUAUUUCUUUUGACGUCUAACUCCUGUGUUAACGUUAGUUGUACACCACUUUUUCGGUAUGAAGAGGAUAACAAAGUGGGGUCAAUUAUAUAAAACACGCAAUGAUUCGGACUCAAAUUCGGUCCUGGAAAACUUCACAGGCAAGCUACCUAUGCUCCCUCUGGAAGUCCUGGAGGAGAUACUGCUGAAUGUAGAUCCACACCAGGUGGUGUGUGUCUGUCGACUCGUGUGUCAUGAGUGGAAAGAAGUAGUAGACAGUGAUUCUCUUUGGAGAGAGAGGUGCCGAAGAGAGGGAUACCAGACAUGUGAUGCCACUAAACUACCGGAAGACUGGCGUUUAUUUUACUUCUUGUGUAAGAAGAGACGUAAUCUUAUCAAAAACCCUGGAGCAGAGGAUAAAUUCAAUGGCUGGCAGAUUAUGAAGAAUGGAGGGGAUCAAUGGAACAUAGAACCAGGGGACCUUAAUAACACGGCCAUAAAAUACUUUGUGACUUCUUACGCGACCUGCAUGAAGUCUCAGCUGAUUGACUUGGAGGAAGAGGGUUACAGGCCGUCUUUAAUGGAUGACUUUCAACCUGCCAUAGUAAUAUCUGACUGGUAUGCUCCACGCUGGGACUGUGGCUCUGAAUAUGAGAUUUGUGUUGAGUUGCUAAAUCAAAAGAAGAAGCCAAUUAGGAAGUUUAGUCCAGAUACUGUCAUCUUUCAACAGUGGAAUGAUCAGAAAUGGAAUCAGAUGACUCAUGUGUUCAAGAAUUAUGGACCAGGUGUGCGAUACAUCCGAUUCAUUCAUGGGGGAAAGGACACUCAGUUCUGGGCCGGCUGGUAUGGAAUAAGGGUCACCAACAGUAGCGUUGAGAUCUGCCCAUCAGGGGACAGAUAGCUUUCGGGGUGUUCCCAAUUUCAAGAGGUUACAUGUGAAUGUUGUGCCUACUUGAAAUCUUUACUUUAGCAUCUGAAAUCUCCCUUAGAAUACUUUUGUGUAUACCUUGUUCCAGCUUUUCUGUCUUAGGCAAUAUGUUGUUUCUCUGUGGAUAUAGACUAUUUUGGCUGUAGAAUAUAUCAUUUGUGUCCGUCUCUGAAUUAUACAGACCAAUACAAAUAUGCACUGUAUAUGCCUGGAAUGCAUUGAAGCCAUAACAAAGACAGACAGACCAAGGAAAGUGCUAACUUGAAUGUAAUUUAGUAUGUAUAUAAAUGUCUGACCCACUUUGACAAAUGCCACACUAAACGUUUGCAAUCUGUUGGUUGAAUUCACCUACUUUUCUUAACAUGUAUAAGAAUGUAAUUGUUAACAUGUACAGUACCAGUAAAAAGUUUGGACACACCUACUCAUUCCAGCGUUUUUAUUAUUUUGUACAUUGUUUAAUAAUAGUGAAGACAAACUAUGAAGUAGCACAUAUGGAAUCAUGUAACACCCAAAAAAGUGUUAUCUAAAUGUAUUUUAUAUUUGAGAUUCUUCAAAGUAACCACCCUUUGCCUUGAAGACAGCUUAGCACACUCUUGGAAUUCUCUCAACCAGCUUCAUGAGGUAGUAACCUGGAAUGCAUUUCAAUUAACAUGUGUGCCUUAAGUUAAUUUUUGGAAUUUCUUUCCUUAAUGCGUUUGAGACAAUCAGUUGUGCUGUGACAAGUUAUGGGUUAUGUGUGUGUAUGCAUGUAUGUGGUAAAAGCCCAAGUCCAUAUUAUGGCAAGAACAGCUCAAAUAAGCAAAGAGUAACUACAGUCCAUCAUUACUUGGGAUUUUUGGUUCCAACCACUGUGUCAUUGUGAGACUCAGAGUAGGUCAACGGGUGAUCUCUGCAUGUGUGGUUCCCACAGUGAAGCAUGGAGGAGGUGUGGGGGUGCUUUGCUGGUGACACUGUGAUUUAUUUAGAAUUCAAGGCACACUUAACCAGCAUGGCUACCACAGCAUUCUGCAGUGAUACGCCAUCCCACCUGGUUUGCGCUUAGUGGAACUAUAAUUUGUUUUUCAACAGGACAAUUUUUUUUUUUUUUUUUUUCCACCUUUAUUUAACCAGGUAGGCAAAUUGAGAACACGUUCUCAUUUACAAUUGCGACCUGGCCAAAAUAAAGCAAAGCAUUUCGACACAUACAACAACACAUAGUUACACAUGGAGUAGAACAAACAUACAGUCAAUAAUACAGUGAAAAAUAAGUCUAUAUACAAUGUGAGCAAGUGAGGUGAGAUAAGGGAGGUGAAGGCAAAUAAAAUAUAUUAAUAAAUAAAAAUAUAAAAAAGGCCAUGGUGGCGAAGUAAAUACAAUAUAGCAAGUAAAAAAACACUGGAAUGGUUGGUUUGCAGUGGAAGAAGGUGCAAAGUAGAGAUAGAAAUAAUGGGGUGCAAAGGAGCAAAAUAAAUAAAUACAGUAGAUAAAGAGGUAGUUGUUUGGGCUAAAUUAUAGAUGGGCUAUGUACAGGUGCAGUAAUCUAUGAGCUGCUCUGACAGCUGGUGCUUAAAGCUAGUGAGGGAGAUAAGUGUUUCCAGUUUCAGAGAUUUUUGUAGUUCGGUCCAGUCAUUGGAAGCAGAGAACUGGAAGGAGAGGCGGCCAAAGGAAGAAUUGGUUUUGGGGGUGACCAGAGAGAUAUACCUGCUGGAGCGCGUGCUACGGGUGGGCGUUGCUAUGGUGACCAGCGAGCUGAGAUAAGGGGGGACUUUACCUAGCAGGGUCUUGUAGAUGACCUGGAGCCAGUGGGUUUGGCGACGAGUGUGAAGCGAGGGCCAGCCAACGAGAGCGUACAGGUCGCAGUGGUGGGUAGUAUAUGGGGCUUUGGUGACAAAACGGAUGGCACUGUGAUAGACUGCAUCCAAUUUAUUGAGUAGGGUUUUGGAGGGUAUUUUGUAAAUGACAUCACCAUCACCAUCACAAUGACUCAACACACCUCCAGGCUGUGUAAGAGCUAUUUGACCAAGAAGGAGAGUGAUGGAAUGCUGCAUCAGAUGACCUGACCUCCUCCCAAUUGAGAUGAUUUGGGAUGAGUUGGAUCUCAGAGUGAAGGAAAAGCAGCCAACAAGUGCUCAACAUAUGUGGGAACACCAACACUGUUGGAAAAGCAUUCCAGGUGAAGCUGGUUGUGAGAAUGCCAAGAGUGUGCAAAGCUGUCAAAGCAAAGGGUGGCUACUUUUUGAAGAAUCUAAAAUAUAUUUAGAUUUGUUUAACACUUAUUUCAUAGUGUUGAUGUCUUCACUAUUAAUCUACAAUAUAGAAAAUAAAAAAUAAAACUUGACUGCUACUGUAUAUUUAGAGAAUACACAGAUUACAUGGUGCAUUGCAUAAGGAUAUACAGUGCAUUAUAGAAAUGUUUCCAAAUUUAGAUUAUAAAAUUUAAAAAACAUACCUUGUGUAAAUAAGUAUUCAGACAUUUUGCUAUGACGCUCAAAAUUGAGCUCAGGUGCAUCCUGUUUCCAGUGAUCAUCCUUGAGAGGUUUCUACAACUUGAUUGGAGUCCACCUGUGGUAAAUUCAAUUGAUUGGACAUGAUUUGGAAAGGCAUACAUUUGUCUAUAUAAGGUCCCACAGUUGACCGUGCAUGACAGAGCAAAAACCAAGAUGUGAGGUCGAAGGAAUUGUCUGUAGAGCGCCGAGAUAGGAUUGUGUCGUGGCACAGAUCUGGGGAAGGGUACCAAAACAUUUCUGCAGCAUUGAAGGUCCUCAACACAGUGGCCUCCAUUCUUAAAUGCAAUAGUACAGAGAGAUCCUUGAUGAAAACCUGCUCCAGAGCGCUCAGACUGGGGGGCGAAGACAACCAAGACAACGCAGGAGUGGCUUCGUGAAAUGUCCUUGAAUGGCGCCAGAGCCUGGACUUGAACCCGAUGAACGUCUCUGGAGAUCUGAAAAUAGCUGUGCUGCGACGCUCUCCAUCCAACCUGACAGCUUGAGAGGAUCUGUAGAGAAGAAUGGGAGAAACUCCCCAAAUACAGAUGUUCCAAGCUUGUAGCGUCAUACCCAAGAAGACUCAAGGCUGUAAUCGCUGCCAAAGGUGUUUCAACAAAGUACUGAGUAAAGUGUCUGAAUAGUUUUGUAAAUGUGAUAUUUCCUUUUUUAUUUGUAAUACAUGUUCUAAUAACUUUUUUCAUUUGUAAUUUGGGGGUAUUGUGUGUAGAUUGAGGGGGGGAAACGAUUUAAUCCAUUUUAGAAUAAGGCUGUAAAAUAACAAUGUGGGAAAAGUCAAGGGGUCUGAUUACUUUCCAAAUGCAUUAAGAUUGAAGUUUUUGAACCAGUAAUACAUUAAUAUAAAGUAUGCCAAUUUGGUUAUGUACUGCUAUCAUGUGGAAAUUACUUCUCAUGCUUUGUCUCGAGUAAUAAAUACAUUUUAAAGUG